AUGGCUUUAAAACAAGCCGUUGCGAAAAGUACCUUUUGGUUGUCUGAGAUUAUACUCCCUUUGAAAAAGGCGAAGGAUUGGAAAGUUUUGGUAUUGGAUCGCCUUGCUACGCGUAUCGUUUCUUCCUGUUGCAAGAUGCAUGAGAUCAUGAACAAUGGGAUAACACUGGUUGAGGAUAUUACCAAAAGACGAGAGGUUUUACCAAUUGAGGCAAUCUAUUUGAUUACACCAACUGAACAGGUAAUGAUCAUCCAGAAAGGGAGGGAUUAUUGA